AUGGCUGAAGAACAGGAGAACGAGCUCGUCCCCGAAGAGGAGGUUACCUCCAUCCCAGGCUGGGCUCCCACGGUGUCUUUGCAGGUGCAGGACAUCCGAACCGGAGAAGAGGAAGAGGAAGAAGUCUAUUCGCAGCGUUCGAAGCUGUACCGCUUCAAAGACGGAGACUGGAAGGAGAGAGGCCUUGGGGACUCGAAGCUGUUGAGACACAAGGUUUCAGGAAGAGUUCGUUACAUGAUGCGACAAGAGAAGACCGGCAAAAUUGUGGCGAACCAUUUCGUCUUCGAGCACCAGCUAUACUGCGUUCUUGCAAAUCAAAACCAGAGUGACAAGAUUCUGAUGUGGACUGCCUUGGACUAUGCCGAGGAUGAACAGCAUGCGGAACAGUUCGCAUUGAAAUUCAAGGACAAGGAACUGGCUGAAACGUUCCGAACUGCCUUUGACACAGCGAAAGUUGGCCAAAUUUCCGGCAGUCCCAAGGCUGAUGGGCCUGGACCACGACCGAGCGAGCCGCACAGCGAGCCACACAGCGAGCCCCAUGCCAGCCCUACGCCGCCAGCACAUGCAGCUGCAGAAGGGGGCGAGGAUGAUCUGGUGCCGGAAGAAGAGGUCACCGUUGUGCCAGGCUGGGCUCCGACUGUGACGUUGCAACCCCAGGAGAUUCGCACCGGCGAGGAAGAUGAAGACGAAAUUUAUUCCCAAAGAUCGAAGCUGUAUCGUUUCAAAGACAGCGAAUGGAAGGAAAGAGGGCUUGGUGACUCCAAGCUUCUUCGGAACAGGGUAACAGGCAAAGUUCGGUAUAUGAUGCGGCAAGAGAAGACCGGCAAGAUCGUCGCCAACCAUUAUCUAAUCGCCUACCCUCCGUACUGUGAGCUCGCGUCUAAUGCAGGGAGUGACAAAAUCUGGACAUGGACGACCAUAGAUUGCGCGGAGGAUGAACAAAAGGUGGAGCAGUUUUCACUCAGAUUCAAAGAUGCAGAUCUUGCACAGCAGUUUAAAACGGCGUUCAACAGCGCAAGAGCAGAGAUGGCCGAGGUCUACACGCCCGAGCCGAAAACAAACGAUUCUGAAGCUGCAGCUGCUGAUGCAGCUGCCGUCGGCGUCAGUCCUCAGUCAGAUGCCGGGGAUAACGGCAACCCGUUCGCGGGGGUUUCGCUGUUUGCCGCAAGCCCGUUGCAGUCGUCGGGGACUGCUUUGACAGGUGCGGCCACUUCAGGUGGCCUGUUUAGCUCUCUCUCCUCCACUGGUUCUGUCGCUUCCAGCAGUGGGUUAUUUUCAACCACUGCAGCUAGCACCGGUGGAUCUUUGUUCAGCUCUUCCAGCACUUCAGCCGGUUCUGGUCUUUUUGGUGGUGGGCUAUUCGCCUCGGCCAACACUGCCGGUGGCUUGUUCAGCGGAAUGUCGUUCGGCUCGAACAAGGCAGACCCACCCGAGACUCAGGCUCAGGUCGACAACAAACCGACGUCAUCGGAGGCUCCAGCUCCAUUCGCAAGCUUGACUUUUGCUGCCAGCACCGGUGGCCUCUUUGGCAACACUGCCGGUGGCCUUUUCUCUGGCGGUGGCAGCCUUUUCGGAAACUCUGGCAAUUCCAGCAGCGCUGGUGGUGGGCUUUUCUCCGGAAGCACUGGCGGUGCGACUGGGGGCCUUUUUGCUGGGCUGCCCGAGAGCUCGAGCGGCGGAAUUUUUGGUGGCGGCAGCAUCGCGACCACAGGCAGCAGCCUAUUUGGUUUGGCUGCAUCUUCGGGGAGUCUCUUCAGUGCAGCAUCAGGAGGCAUCCUGGGAGCAGCGGCGACGGGUGCAGAAGAGAAGGCUCCAUCGACGGGCCUGUGGGCGGGAGCAACAGCCAACGGGGCGCAGGAUGACGAGCAGUAUGUUCUUGAAGAAGAAGUCACGCAGAUUCCUGGUUGGGCUCCCUCUGUCUCGUUGGAAGUCAGAGAUCACGUCGAGACCGGUGAAGAAGAGGAAGAGGAGAUGUACAGUCAGCGCUCCAAGCUCCUCCGGUUCGUCGACAAUGAAUGGAAGGAGCGGGGGACAGGCGAUGCCAAAAUUCUGAGGCAUGUGAGCACCGGCAAAUGCCGGUUCCUGAUGCGGCAAGAGAAGACUGCAAAGAUUGUCGCCAACCACUACAUCAUUGAUCAGCACCCAUAUUGUGACUUAGUCCACAAUGCUGGCAAUGCCAAGAUCUGGGUGUGGACUGCGCUGGACUGGGCAGAUGAGGAGCAAAAGGUGGAAAAGUUCGCUCUCCGCUUCAAGACAGAAGAAUUGGCCGACGAGUUUGCCAAGACUUUCAACGCAGCGAAGAGCGGUGAGAUGACAAGUGUCGGUGACGCGCAAGAUGACGACGACUGGGAGAAGGCCGAGGCAGAUGCUUAUGGAGCUGGCGCUUUGGGCGAGGGCCCAGGUCUGGCGGCACUUGCGGCGAUGCAGGCAACUUCUGGCUGGCGCUGUGACGGCUGUCGAUUGCAGUGGUCCGAACAGGAUUUGGAGUGCAAUGUUUGCGAGAUUGUCCGGCCUGGAUAUGAGUCCGAGGUUGCGGCAGCAAAGGCCGAGAAGGAGUCGGGCAAGCAGAGUGCCGUGUCUGCCUUCCUGGGAACAACUCAGUCCAGCGGGAGUGGAAAUUUCGCACA